AUGGCAAUGAGAAAAUUUUUAAUUAAUUAUAAGUAUUUAAAUAAUUAUAAAAAUCAAGCAGCUAGAUAUUUAACAACAGCGACAAGUACUUCAAUCAAAAAUUCUGAUAUGUUAAAUGAAACAGCUACAGAAUUAGUUAAAUCAAUUGUUGAAGAAUAUGAAACUAAAGGAAAAAUAUUUACACUGCCUUGGGUGGAUCAACAUGCAAUUAAUUCAGCACUCUAUCCUUUCAAAGAAUUAUUAAAUCUUGGUAUUCAACCAGAAUUUUUAGAAGAUGCUUGUUUACACGAGGAAAAACUUUUUCGUUCAAUGAUUAAAAAUGGUCAAUCUAUUUAUAAAAUGCUUACAAUUUUUGUUGAGAAUUUUAUAAUGAAUUAUGAGGAUUCUAUUAGAAUGUUUGCAAAAUGGUGUGAUUUACUCGAAAACGAAACUCCCCAAUCAAUCCAAAGCCGAAUUAAUUUAUUUAGUGGACGUGGACUAGCUUCAGGAAUUGGUUUAAGAAGAAUAUUCGAAAAAUGCCCAGAAUUAUUAUUUGGUUCUGAAGUUCAGAAAAUGGAUAUUUGUUUGGAACAAAUCAGCAAUUUUUUUGAAUCUGGGGAUUUAAAAACAAUUGUAAAUAAUACUCCACAUAUUUGUUUGUUGGAUCCAACAGAAUUGGAAAAUAAAUAUGAGUACAUUUAUUUCCAUAUGGGUUUUGUCAGUGAAGAAUUAGCAAAAAGUAAAUGUUGGAUGGAUUUGGAUUUAUUUUCAAUAAUUGAUAGACAUUCUUUACUUUUAAAAACUGGAAAAUAUUUUUAUCCUGAUCCAAAAAGGCCACAAUUAAAAAAGGAAAAUCCAUCACCCGAAUUAAUUUUUGAUACGCCAGAAAAUAAAUUUGCUAGUUUGGUUGCUGGUGUUGAAUAUGGUAAAAAAUAUAUAUUUAAAUUUAAAAUUUGCGUUGGCAACAGAGGUGGGUCGGAAAUCGGAACUGUCGAAAAUCGGAAAUGUCUCAAAAGUCGGAAAUCGGAAAUCAAAUUUUUUUUCGGAAAUCGCAAGGAAAAAAGCGUUGGAAAUCGGAAUUCCGACCCACCUCUGGUUGGAAUCUUUUUAACUGAAAGGACCCAAAGACCGGACGAAUCGAAUGUUCGAUAGAAUAAUUUUGAAUACUUCUAAUUCGAACCUGGGCCGACAUUUUUGUGUAAAACCGGAUAAUUUUCGAGGGGUGUU